ACUAGCCCUAGUUUCCGUGAGAGAGGCAAUGUGGAACAGCGUGAUAUCGUCGCCGCGGCCAAUCCUCCACACGGAUGGAGCGCGGGAGCUGCGCAAGGUGCUAAUCUCCAGGAGAAAUUCCAGGUCUCGAUGCUGCUGCCGGGCGGGAUUGGGAGAUUUUCCUUCCGAUGGGGAUGCCUUCCAGGAUUUUAGGUUGUGGGCUGGGAAGAGCGGGCUUCCGGCCGCAGUGGAGGCGAUCUUGAUCGAAGAAGCGUUGGCUCCUGGCGAGGCAUUCGCGGCAGAGGAGGAUAAGCUCGGUGGGGCUGUUCUUCCUCCUCCUCCCCCUCCAGAGGCGACGCUCUCGGAUAAUAUUUUGACCGUUUUGUUUGGAGCUGCCGCGCUGGGUCUUGUUGUUGUCACGGUCGGGGUUCUCUACUUGGCUGUGACGGAUUUUCUAGAGAACAGGAAGAACGAAGAUCUGAGAAAACAAGCCGAGGAACGGGAGAAGAGAGAAUCAAAGUCGAGCAAGAAGAAAUCUGCCGAGCAGAUAAAUACUCGGGCUGGGUCCAAGGGAUUCGGUCAGUACGUACGUAAAGAAAGCGAUUAAAGCUCUCUUUUUUUUUUUU